GUUUAGUCGACGCCGGGCGUCCCAAGCGCGCACUUGUCGGGAGCAGCCGUCGUUUCGUGUUCCAAGCCGAAGACAUGUAACUCUGACAUAAGGCUCGUCGCGGUGUAUCACGCGUGUAAUAUUCGCCAAACCUCGAGCGAACGUCUCUCCGAACGAAAGGACAGAGUUUCGAACGAGCCUCGACGAUAGACGUUGCACGUGAAAAUCGAGCAUUUUCUUUUUCGCGACGCUUGGGACACGUUUAGGAUGCAUUGGACCGACAUAAUUUUUUACAAAAUUUUGACAUAAGCUCUGCGUGAAUGAGAGAUCGCGCCGGAGAUCGUUCGCAGGCAGCGAGUAGUGCUGUAACGCUCGUUCCUAUCGGAGUCGCGAGGAAGAGUGUCUUUGGAGUAAUUGCGAGUGAAUCGAGAGACUUUAUCGGGGUGAACCGAUAGAAUGCGAAUGAGGAUCUUGUAUUCGUGACAUCGGAUUUGUUAAUCGGAUAUCGGUGAUGCAGCUACAUGCUGGAAGGAGGAAGAGGAUGACCGUUAAUUUUCUAUCAAGGAUGGUGGCGGUAUUUGUUUUUGCUUGUCUUCUACUGCAGAAUGGUCGGUCAACAUUCGCAGCUUAUACUACUGUUUCCACCAUCCCUGAUCCUCAAUUCGUCGACGAAAUAGGAAAUAUUACGGUACCGGCGGGACGAAAUGUCAAACUGGCGUGCAGCGUGAAAGAUCUCGGAUCGUUUAAGGUGGCCUGGAUGCUUUUCGACAAGAGCGCUAUCCUGACGGUACAGAAUCACGUUAUUACCAGGAACCCCAGAAUAUCCGUGUCGCACGAUAAGCACAGGACCUGGUUCCUACAUAUCAACGACGUGCACGAGGAGGACAAGGGAAAGUACAUGUGCCAGAUUAACACCGCCAACGCCAAAACGCAAUAUGGCUAUCUACACGUUGUAGUGCCACCGAACAUCGACGAUUCGCAAAGCUCGUCGGACGCGAUCGUUCGCGAGGGCGCCAAUGUGACUCUCACCUGCAAAGCGACCGGAAGUCCGACGCCCAAUAUUCGUUGGAAGCGAGACGACGGUUCCAAGAUAUCGAUCAACAAAACCUUAUCCGUGGCGGAGUGGGAAGGCGAAACGCUGGAAAUGGCGAGGAUUUCGAGAUUGGAUAUGGGCGCAUAUUUAUGCAUCGCCAGCAACGGCAUCCCACCCACGGUCAGCAAGCAGAUCAAAGUGUCGGUCGAUUUCCCCCCUAUGCUAUGGAUACCGCAUCAAUUGGUCGGCGCGCCCUUGGGCUACGCUGUUACGCUGGAAUGCUAUACCGAGGCUCAUCCGACUUCUUUGAAUUACUGGGCGAGGGAGGACGGUCUAAUGAUUCACGAGAGCAGUAAAUAUAAGGCUACGUCGUCGCCCGACACUCCAUCCUACAAGACGCACAUGACGCUCAUGAUAUCCAAUAUACAGAAAGACGACUACGGUAGCUACAAGUGCAUCGCCAAGAACCCACGUGGAGAAACUGACGGAACGAUUCGUCUGUACAUGUCAGCACCGCCUAGCACCAGUCCUAGUCCGUCUACCACGGAGAUCGCCAAGAAAGAUUGGGAUUUCAUGGGCGAGAUGAAUAACUCUGUUUACGGGAAUCCAAGUUCGCUGACAAUUCAUAAUGACAAGAAUAUCAAGACAGGUACCAAGUUCCAGUCGAAUCUUAACGAAAUCGGAAGAUCGGAGCAAAAGUCGUCCGAGUUGGAUAGGAACAGAAAUUACAAUUGGCCUCCUGAUAAGGAUUCAGCAACGGGCGUGACGACGACCGUGACGCUACUACUAAUUACUCUGGCUGUAAUGAUAAUUCGAUAAACAAAAUCCAAGUUCUCGUCGUUGAUACGCGAUAGGUGUUGAUUCUCCUUAAUUAAGGGACUCGAUUAAAAAGUAAAGAAAAAAAAUUUAAAUUUAAAACGACAUACAAAGGAUCGACACACAACAUACAUUCAUACGCAUGCACACACACACACAAAUAUAACUACACACGAGUGACACAAAGACUGACCGAGAUAGUCCGUAUUAAAUGAUGGAGAAUAAUUUACGCGCGUGCCAAGUUAGUGUAGCAACAAAGUUCAAGAGUGGCCAAGAAUUGAUGAAGUACGAAUCUCCCCCCCCCAGUCCUCCUCAUUGUAAGAAUACGUAUGUGUGUACAUGUUUGUCUCUGUGUGUGUAUGUAUGUGGACUCACAAUCAGAUGAGGAGCAAGAUACGCGGCGAUGGGUGGAACAACGAGAAAGAAGAAGGGAUGAUAUUAAAAGUGCAACGACUAUCGCUUUCAGUGUAAUAUAUUGUAUAACGCUGUAAUCAAUGACGCCAACAACAAAUACCAGUGAUCCCGUCUCUGCGAGUGUAGUUUGGGAACGUGUGAGAAUGUGUCGUUAUAUUUUUUAACUGCAUCAUGGAAGAAUUUUAGUCGCGCGGUAAUCCCAGUAUUUCGGAAUAUCAAAACGAAACCACUCGAGCUUAAUAUUGGAUUAAAGUUUAUGACUGAGGAAACGAGCCCCAUUCCCAACGGGGGAUUUUGGACUAUUUUUAAAUUUGUAUAUCCCUUUUCGAAAGAAAAAAAAAUAGUUUCUUCUCCUUCAUUAGUUGGUAUAAUAAGAAUUUUCACUUUUAUUGACAACAUAAGGGAGGAUUGCACACUUGAAGAUCAUUCGUCGUAAUGAUGCGUAUAUUUCGAAUGAACAAUCGUGCGAAUGUAAAUCGCGCUUCGAGCAGAGUUUAUUUCUAUUGCCAUCAGGUUCGACUCGGUUUCAGCUACGAUAUAUUUCUUAAGCAUCAACAAUUUUUUUUCAGAUAAAACGUGAGAGAAAUAUGGCAUUGCGCGAGCGCGUAUUAUCUCCAGCAUCGAUUCUCCACUUCUUCCCUCCGCAGACACACCCUUUCUGUUCUAUCAGGAGUACAUUCCAAAUUCUCCGAUUCUCCUCGUUCGAGCUCUUGCAUCUUUACGUACAGAAUCGUGGAUCCCAUCUGGAUACUUGAGAUUAAAACGUCAGAUUCGGUGCAGAGGAGUUGCUCUCGCUUAAGGAGACAGUCGAAAGAAGCGCGAGAAUGACGGAAAGGGGGAAAAGAAAAUGGAAAAUUUGCGACAGGGGAAGUGGAAUGGAAUGAAGAUAUGCUAUAACGAGGAAUCGAGUCAUUCAUUGAUUGCAAGCAGGUUUUUUUCGAAACCGCAGAUAGAAUUGGAAGCAAAAGAUUAUUACUAGAUUAAUAGAUUUUUCUUGGUUAUCGUUGAAAUAAAUUGAUUCUUUUGCGUGUUAAAAAAAUCCAUACUGGACAAAAAAGAUUCACGAAAUUUGCCGAAGCCUUUUCUAUUAAUUUAUAAAUUAGAUAGAUUAUAAAUGGAAAUUUUAUUAGCAACUGUCAUAAACACAAAUGCGAGACAAGUAAAUAAAUUAAAUCAUAUAUUUAUUUAUUAAUUAAAGAUGAUGAAACCGGUUUCAUCAUAUCUUAUCACGAUGUGACGCUAUCGCAGAACAUGAAGAAAAAGUCAAUUUAUUAUCGUAAUUUACAUUUCUUGUUUUUGACAUCAUUCCAGAUAAGUACAGCGAAUGAUCUUUAACGUAGCAUUAAAAGCUUAUCUUUUAUUACCUGUCUUUUAUUGUAUUUGCUAUUUUCUAUGUUUGAUAAAAUAACGUUCUUCUAAGAAUCGACUAUCCUCAUGACAUAUAAAACAAAUCGAACAAAUGUAUGUAUUUUAGAUUCGUUAACAUGGAGACUUUGCUGUUAGAAAUCUAUCGCAAGAUUGGAGAAUCGGGAGAUAAAAUAAUUGCGAGAUAAAUCAGACGUGUCUGGAAGGUGAUCGAAUUCCGUUUCACCACGCUGUUACGUCGCGCGAUCAAUUUGUUUACACGUUAAUUGAUCAAAUUGGGAUUUGUUCGUAGACGGUCGCGAGCGGCUGCCAUGUCGGUUUUAAGCGGACUUCGAACUACUUAGGAAUAUCCAUUAUUCAGCGUACAUCUUGUUUAAAGCAACAGGUUCGAGAGUCCCUGCACUCUGCGCGCAAAGGAGUUAAUGCCUGCUACGGAUUAAAGAAGGGAACGGCUCGACUUAGGGAUUACGUAGGACUUACCCUGAUGAGGUCUGUAAUCGUAUCAUUCGCGAGACUACCUCUCGGUCUUGUAACCUUUUAAGAGUCAUAAGCAUGAGAAAAUCAUGCGCUCACGUCGCAGUUUUCGCGAUGCGAUGCAAUCUGCAAAUCCCAUCGCGACGAAUUCGAAUCCCGAUCUGCUCAACGCAAACUAAUUGUUUCCUCGACUGUCAAACGAAAUGUCGUAUGUGCGUUUAUGCGUGUAAACGAUUACCCAGCAUUAAAAGAUAUUCUUUAUACGUACGUUAUAAACAGUUCGAAUUUGGUAAAACAAAAUUAUGAAAGUCUAGAAAAGAGCGGUGUAGAAGAAAAAUUGACGAUAGAGAUGUUUCGUAGCUUAGAUUGCAUUUGAUAAGAAUAUUUGAAUGCAUUUUUAUAUUUAGCAUCAAAAUGUAUGUAUAAAAGUGUUAUUUGAUAUUAUUGCCAUCUCUUUUUCAUAGAUUUAUUCAAUUUAAUCUUCUUUUAAUUAUGUUACGUAAUUUUAGAAGGAAAACAAAUAUGAUUACUUUACAAUUCUUUCGUGAAAGGUAAUUGUACUCAAUCCGGAGCGGUGAUGUCAUUUAUAGGCACGGCCGAUUAUGAAUGAUUUUGAAACAUUCUAUUCUAAUCAGUCAUAGAAUUGUAUACACGCACAUACACACGUAUGCAUCAAUAUAAACACGGUAUAUUUUCUAAUUCUGCGCGAGACUCAAAUAUUCUCAAAUGAAAAAUCAGAGUUUAAUAUUUCGAAAAGUUUCAUUUCUAUAAAAAAAAAA